AAAAGCUUCUUUUCUUCCCGUUACCAUGUGAAUUCCAAACCUCGCAAUUGAAUCUUCCCGGCAAAAUCAUAUUCUAUUCGAUGUUCACCAAGUUCAUGCUCCGACCAUCUUCCUCUCUUUCACUUCCUCUCUCUCCUCCUCUUACACCUUUCUUCUCCAAGCCCAGCACCGCCAUCACUUUCCGUCGCAUCGCCGUCGUCUCCGCUGCGCAUUCCCUUUCUGUGACCCUUGAUGAAACUCACCCUUACGGGCCUUCUUUAUCCAAAGGUCACCAACCCUCUGUGGAACCCAAAUCACUACAGCAAGAUAACGAAAAUAUAUUCGAUGAAACCCGUUUUAUUCGUGUUUUUGACAUAUCUGCAAUUCGGGUCUCCGCCGAUCGAUGCUACGCCCUCGAAAGCCAACUCCGUGGUCAUCUCUUGAACUGGCCUCGGAUUCGGAACAUAGCUAGGGUUCCUGGAGACGAAAUUGAUGGCGAAUUACAGAAGUAUUUCAACUCAAAUGACGGUGAGCCCUUAGAGUCUUUGAACCGACGAAUUUACGGAAAAGCUGAGGGAGAUGAGGAGCCAUUGAGUCCAGUCUUAUACAGAGAUAAGCUUGCAAAAACUUUCAAUUCGAGAGGUUAUGAAAAAUUCAGGAAUUUGGCUAAGUUGUCGAGGCCAAAGAGGAAGACUAAAAAGGAGCCGAGUCAAAUCAGAGAGCAUAAAAGUAACGAAUGUUAUUUACUAGACGAGGUCGUGGAGAAUCAUGCGAGCGACCAUGGGAAAGGGGAGGAUUUGAGUGGGUUACUUGGAGACGAUGCGUACAGAUUAGGGAAAUGGAAAGGCUCAACAAGGUUAUUGCUUUUGGAUGAGAAACAUGCAUAUAAGUCGUUCGAUGAAAUGCCUGAAGCAAUUAAGGCAUGCUUAACGGGAUCACCAUUUGAACUUGUGAGAUGCAAGCUGACUUUGUAUUACAGUUAUUGGCAAAUGAAUGAGAUUUUAGAGGCUUUGCUUCCAAAGGGUAUAAUCGUCCCUUCAUCCUUUGAGACUGUGGGCCAUAUCAUCCACCUAAACUUGAGGGAAGAACAUCUUCCAUACAAGAAUCUAAUAGCUAAGGUUGUUUUGGACAAAAACAAGCCAAAAAUACAAACAGUUGUCAACAAGAUUGAUUCUAUUAAUAAUGACUUUAGAACCAUGUCACUUGAAGUUUUGGCUGGAAAUCAUUCUCUUGUGACAAGAGUAGUAGAAAAUGGACUUCAUUUUCAUGUUGAUUUGGCAACAGUGUACUGGAGCUCAAAAUUGGCAACAGAAAGGCAAAGGCUUUUAAAUUCUUUUACAAGGAGUGAUGUUGUUUGUGAUGUGUUUGCUGGGGUUGGCCCUUUGGCUAUAUCUGCAGCUAAAAAAGUUAAACAUGUUUAUGCAAAUGAUUUAAAUCCUCAUGCUGUUGAUUAUAUUGAAAAAAAUUGCGUCCUCAACAAACUUGAAAGAAAAAUUGAGGUAUUUAACAUGGAUGGGAGAAGAUUCAUUGAUGCUAUUUUCAAGAGUCAAAGUUCAAGAACCAUCACACAAGUAGUCAUGAAUCUUCCCAAAGAUGCAGCCGAGUAUCUUGAUGCAUUUAAGGGAAUAUUUAGAGAUAUGGAUUUGAACAAAGAGUUGAUCAUGCCAAAAAUUCAUGUCUAUGGAUUCUCAAAAGCUGAAGAUCCAGAAUUCGAUUUCCAUGAGCGGAUAAGAAUUGCAUUAUCGGAAGUGGCAUUCGAAGUAAAAAUGCAUAAAGUACGUCUUGUUGCCCCCGGAAAAUGGAUGUUGUGUGCAUCAUUUGUUCUCCCUGAGCGAGUCGCAUUUGCUGAUCCUAUCUUGGAAAUGUAAUUUCAAUUCUAUUUAGAAAAAAGUGAGAUAAUUUGUAGAUAUAUUCUUAUUAGGGCUAAUUGCAAAAAUAACAAUGUAUUUUUGCUUAUUGUUGUAUUAUAGCAUCCAAAUUUCAUUUUUGCCA